AUGUGGAGAGUGCUGAAGAAGUUGACAGCGUGUACGAAAAGCGCGGUCAUGUUCGACGGAGAAAUGUCUAAAUUCUUCGACAUUGAGCAGGGGAUCCCACAAGGGGACACGGAAACGUCGGUUUCAGGAAUGCUGUCAGGAAUGCUGUUUGCGGAUGAUUUUGUCGGUAUGUCGGACACGCACCUGCACAUUGACGCGGCGAAGAAGUUUACUGAUAAGUGGAGAUUGUCUGCCAACGUUCAGAAGAGUGCCGUCAUGGUAUGCAACGAGAACAAGGAGGAACCAGUAGAACAUAGAUGGAAGUGGGGGAUCGAGGAGAUUGCAGUAGUGGACCAGUACACAUACCUCGGAGUAGCGGAAAAGGGCAAAUCACGAGCAGGGAAGCUGCAUCCAAUACUCGCAAACCGGCACCUCGAUACACGCAUCAAAUUGACGGUUUUGAAGAGCGUAAUCGUACCGCCGCUAGAGUACGCCGGAGAAGUAUGGGAAGGAAAUAAGAAGGUAGUGAAAGAACUCGAGGCGGCGCAGAUGAAAGCAGCGAAAAUCAUCCUAGGAUGCUCCACGCGCACAAGUAAUGCAGCCGUGAGGGCAGAAUUGGGGAUCCAAUCCCUACGGUCGGGAAGAGACGCGAGGAAGCUGACAUGGCAGUAUCGCAUGUGCGGGAUGGGAGAGGAAAAGCUGCCGA